AUGAACCGCUACAGCAGGACUGUCACGCAACCAAAAGACCAAGGUGCAAGUCCAAGUAUCAAAGAUGACGAGGACUUUCAAAAGGCCAUGGUCGGUGUCGCCAGCGUAUGGUAUGAGGGCAAUCCAUGCAACCGACACUUGCUUGGCUUGGGGCAGGAAAUCAAGAGUUCCUUGGUCGAGUCUGGCCUCAUUGGCUACCAGUUUGGUACAGUUGGCGUUAGCGAUGGGAUCAGCAUGGGCACUGCGGGAAUGUCAUAUUCUCUACAAUCACGCGACCUUAUUGCAGAUCAGGUAGAGACAGCCGCUGGCGGACACUGGUUGGAUGGAAUGGUUGUAGUACCGGGAUGUGACAAGAAUAUGCCAGGUGUCCUGAUGGCUCUUGGACGACUCAACCGUCCGGGUCUUAUGGUGUAUGGAGGCACGAUUCGUGCAGGCUCAUGCGCGGGUCAACCUCAGCUGGAUCUUGUUUCCGCAUUCCAGGCAUAUGGACAAUAUCUACAAGACGGAAAGACACCAGAAGCAGAAGCCCUCAGGUAUGAGACAGUGCGACAUGCAUGCCCUGGCCCAGGUGCUUGUGGAGGGAUGUACACCGCGAACACCAUGGCCAGUGCAGCCGAGGCCCUUGGAAUGACUCUUCCUGGCUCUUCGUCAUAUCCAGCCGAAUCUCAAGAAAAACACGAUGAAUGUAAGACCGUUGGUGCCGCCAUGCGAAAUCUCAUCGAGAAAAACAUUCUACCCCGCGACAUCAUGACGCCUUCGGCAUUCGAGAACGCUAUGGUUCUUACCAUGAUCCUAGGAGGUUCGACGAAUGCCGUACUGCAUCUUAUUGCUAUGGCACAUGCCGUAGGCAUCAAGCUUACCAUUGAUGAUUUCGCACGAGUGUCUGAGUCAACCCCCUUCCUCGCUGAUAUCAAACCAAGCGGCAAGUAUGUUAUGGAGGACAUCUACAAAAUCGGAGGCAUACCCAAGAUACUUCAUUUCUUGAUGAAAAAUAAUUUCAUUGACGGCAACAAUAUGACAGUCACUGGCGCUACUAUAGGCGAGAACCUGGAGCGCUGGGUACAUAAACAUGGGGAACUCUCCACUAGUCAGGACGUGAUCCGUCCCCUCGACAAGCCCAUUAAAGCCACUGGACAUAUCAGAAUUUUACGUGGUAAUUUGGCUCCUGGAGGUGCUGUUGCCAAGAUUACUGGAAAGGAAGGUCUUGGAUUUACCGGAAAAGCUCGCACCUUUGACUCAGAAGAAGACUUUGUCUCCGCCGGUGGCCCUGGUAUGCGUGAGAUGCUGAAACCCACUAGCUUAAUUAUGGGCGCUGGCCUAGGUCAGGACGUCGCGUGCCUCACAGACGGACGAUUUAGCGGAGGAUCUCAUGGGUUCUGCAUAGGUCACGUCGUCCCUGAAGCCCAGGUCGGUGGACCUAUCGCGCUCGUGGAGGAUGGUGACACCAUUUCUGUCGAUGCUGUGGCAAACACCAUGGAACUGCACAUCUCCUCUGAAGAGAUGGAACGCCGUCGGAAAGCCUGGGUUGCCCCACCAAUCAAAGUCACCCAAGGAACACUCUACAAGUAUGUUAAAAUGGUCGAAGACGCCAGCCAUGGGUGCAUCACGGAUGGUUAA